ACCGCGCACCAAACCUAACCUAGCGAACUACCUGUGCCACGAACUUUCGUCAACACGACCGCACACAUCGUUCGACGUAUCGAGAGCGUGAAAGUGCGACAUAUCCGAAUAAUGAAAAGCUCCGAGUUUGUCGGGAAGUAAUAUUUUCCGGUGCAGCGUCUCCAUCGCGAUGACAGGUGGUGAACGUGAUCGUUGACCGACGACCGCGGCCGACUCGAUCGGUCGUGAUCCACAGUUGGAUCGAACGUGAUGCGAGCGUAUAUAUCGAACGGUGCUCCCCGGAAGAUCAGAACUCACGGUAACGUACGAGGAGACAGAAAAUUGCAAGAGGCGAAUGAAGCAACGAAGGAGAGAGAAUCCGAGGCGCUUUUAUUUUUAGCCGGUUCGUGUAUCGCAAAAACCGGUUCCGGAGCCCGAGUCGAGCCACGAGGUAAGGUGCGUAUAUUCGCGAGAAGGGUUUUAGUCGAAAAGGGAGGAAGCGAGAGGGACGUACACGCGAUAUAAAGGCGUAGCAUACUUAUUUCUCUAUCGGCCGCGAAAGAAAGAAAGAGUGACACGAAACAUGGAAUUCGCCUAAGCCGAUAUAUACCUCUCCCUACUUCUUUCUUCUCCCACCUCGAACUAUCGAUUGCGUGUAUGCACGCGCCUAUCCAUACUCGAAGCUGUACGUGACAUCGGGAAUGUAUGAGAUUCAAUUAUCGGGUGCGUCGUCGACGCUAUGUUCGUCGCCGAUGUAAUUAGCCAGCCUCGUUGCACGUACGCGGAUACCGACAGGCUGUAACAGUUUCUUGUUUCGUUCUGAUCAAGCACAGUGCGGGCGUGUCAGUGAACGAAAGUGGGGAAGAGUAUUCUUUUUUUCUUUAAUUGUUGCGUGUCACGGUCACAAGAUCUACGAAGACACGGGAACGGCAUGAAGAAUGGCAACCGAUUCGAGCAACCGGCAAGGAGUAAGGGCGGUCGCCACAACGACAACCGAUCCGCAACGAAGCAAAAAGCGCGCCGUCGCGGCGCGAGGCGCCGCCGGUGCUCUGGCCCUGAGUGUUCUGGCCGUGGUCCUCCAAUCGGCGGCCACCGCGACCCCCACCUGGGGGUAUUUCACCAAUCCUGACGCUGGUUCAGCAGCCGAGAAGGGAUACUUUGGCCCCUGGAGGCAGUGCAAACUCUUGCUUUAUGGCAGGGAAAGAUGUGGUCACGGCGUCUCCAGGUUUCAACCAGUGUUGGCUGUAUGGAUGGCAGGAUUAGCAGCAGCAACUGCAUCUGCACUUCUAGCAAUUCUGGUAGGACUUGCCGUACUGCAAUUGGCAAUGGCUUCCUCGGCGAAACGAGUUGUUAUCUCGUACAGCACCGCUCUGAUAGGGAAAGUUGCCCUCGCUACACUAGCCACAUCGUUGGCCAUCGUAGCAGCGAGUUUGUUCGCCCUGCAGACUGACGAUAGAGCCAGCAGUUUCGUUAUCACAAGAGGAGAAGCGUUUUAUAUGCAGUUAGCUGCAAUUGCCCUGAACUUUGGUGUGUUGGUCACCGCAGUGUACGAGGGUAUUUAUGCUCGACGAGGCGGAGAUCCAACGAAAAUUAGGGUUGUCGGUGAUCCCCGUGCAACCACCAUAAAUAAUCCUGGUUACCGGGAACAUCAACCCACUAACGGUGGAAGUAUAUCAAUGACCGACGCCAGUGGCAAACCAUACGUUGGCGGUGCUGGAAAUGGUUCGAUGGUGUCGGUGGCAACUUCAGGAAGCGUUGCCAGCACAGCGUCUCCUCUUCGCAGUUCCCUGAAGAAGCCGAAACCCCUCGGUAUCCACAACCCCGGUUUCUCGGCACACAGUCCAACCCUUUCGAGGAACGGUUCCCAAAAGAAAGUGCGAAUUCAGACACACUCGACGGAAGUGUAACGUUAACGCUUCUCGUCGCAGGACGAGAAAAUACAGAGUCGACGUCUGAAAUCGAUAAGUUACAAGCAAUUUCCGUCGUGUCGUCAGAAUCGAGUUACCGACGUUGUCGAGGAAUUUUUGUACUCGCUUUCGGAGGCAGGAGAGUCUUGUCGGAAGAUGUGUUCAACGUUGACGGAUUUUUACGAAUAGACAGAAUUUUUUACGUAGAACUCGACGAUUCUCAGCGAAGCUCGGAAGUUUUCUGAUAAUACGAUGAGAAUCGUCGAUAGACCGAAAGUUCGAAAUGGAAAUAACGUUAUCGUAGGUGGACGAGCAAGAAGACGCAGGAAAUGAGUCCUGUUAAAACUGAUCAAGCAAUCGCGGGAAAUUGCUCCGACUACAAUUUCCAACGACGUCGUGACGUAUCGUGACCUUCGAUUCAAGGCGUUGUUCUCGUGAACGUGCAAUGCGCGUGCCUGGUAAGUUGGCGGAAUGAUUUGCGUUGCUUCCGUUUAUUAACAGAAAUUGCAUUUUGAUGUUUGAUGAUUGCACCGAAAAGAGAGAUGAAUCUUAUAGCAUUCGACCUUCUGUUCUUUCAAAUAUUUGUAAAAUGGUAGCUUGCUUGUCAGAGUAAUUUUGUUUACUACAAGAUGGAAGACUAUGACAGUAAAUUAAUUUACUUUGCGAAUUAUGCAAAAUAUUUCAUUCGUAAGUUACGAAGAAUAUUUCAAAUAUUACAUGGUUUUCAAAGAGACAGAUAUUUCUAAUUAAGUUGGUAUUUUGAAAUUUUGUUGAAGUAUGGAGAUGUCUGGAUUCUUCAACAUUUCUUGCAUUCACAUUUGGGAAAGAUACAUUUUUUAAUUUUUUGAUAUUACAUAAUAUAAAAACUAAUGCAGAACUUUUUCAUAGGAUAAUAAAUUUAUUUAGAAAAAUUAAAUUUUUAAACUUUCUGAAGAAUUAUGAUAAUAUUAUGAAAAUACAUAAAUACUUGAUAUCACAAAUUUAUGUAAAAAAAUUAAACUCUAAAACUUGCAGUUGAUAUCAUAAUUCUUUCUGCCGAAAUGUAACUAAAAUGUAACUAUUCACGAUAUAUAGAGCUUCUGUUACUUUGAUGCGGCGCCAUCUUGUGUCGACAUCAGUACGCGCCAUCUUGUGAGUAGAUAUCAGUACGCGCCAUCUUGUGGGUAGACAUCAAUACGCGCCCUCCUUACGGUAUUUCAAAUAUUCUUCACUUGUUUCGCUUUCAUAAAGCAACGCAAAUCAUGAAAAACCUUAACGUACUGAAAGAACGACGUCGUCGGAGUUAAAUUUCUUGGUCGUCCAUGAAUCGAGAGAAUUAGCCAGCCGUGUUCGGUGAAAUUACAUUUUAAGUUCCCAGCGGUUCCAGCCGUGAGCAACAAGAAUUUAACCCUUUGCGGUCUGUUUGCCUCACGCGAUCGACUGUCAACGAGUUCGACUUACUUUAGAACACUAUCGAGGAUGUAACUUGAUAUCCUAUUAAUAGAAUCAGCUACUCGAGUAAGGGAUAAUGCAUAUUUUUAAUUUUGAUCGGUUACUUGUGAGGAAGUCAAAAUAUUUUAGUUUAUAAUGAAGUAUACAUAUAUUUCAGUUGAUGAAAUAUAUAGUUCUUUCGGUGAUAAAAUAUUUAUGUGAAGCAAACUGUUAACUGAGAAAGUUUUAUUUGUUAUUGGAAUAUGUAAUUGUGCAUUUAGUAGAAGAUUCUUUGUUGUAAAUUUAGUGUAUGUGAUAGAUGUGUGUAUGUGGAUAUAAUCCACUCAUGAGUAUGUGGAUUAUAUUUGGAGCUAGUCUGAGGUGCUUCGAUGACUACUUUUUGGGGUUGUGAAGACCAAUUUUGGAAUUUGAGGGUUUGGAAAAUUAGAGAUUUGGAAAUUAGAGAAUUUGGGAGAUUAAA